CGUCUUAUGUGACGUACAGCAUCACGUAAUGGGCGAUGUCACGUGAUAUAGUCACCUAAUGGCCGCCCAAAUACCGGAAAUGUUAAGAAUUGCGGCAAAAUAUGAUAAAUACGAGUAAAAUACAACACGUACGCGGGAGCAGGUUUGGAAAACUAUCUUGGGAGCACCAAAGGAGCAAGAUGAAGUUUGAAAUGAAGGAAUUGGAAGUGUUAGUGGAAGAGGCUGACAAUGAUAGAAACCCCUGAGGUUUGGUGGCUGUGAGAGGAAAGAAGAUCUAAAGUGAUUGAGAACGGAGAAGGCGUUUUGUCAAGUGGCUUACAUUGAAGAUCCACAUUGUCAUGGCCACCUGGCAGCAACAUCUCAUGGCAACUGGUUGCUGUGGAGACCGAAUGUUUUUAUUUGGGGGGCCACCAGGAAGAUGUGCCGGCAGGUCCAUUUGUAUUAAUGAGGCCCAUUACCAACACGGUGACAGCAUGCAAGCCUAUCUUGGAAUCAUUCAAUGGAGGAAGAGGCAGAUUGCCCGGGAGUUCCAUCCAGCUGGUCAUGCGGGGGGAGUGGAAAGAUGGUUCCAAUUGAAGAAUGCCAGCUGCGAGGACGAGUCUCUUCUGCUCUGAGGCCUUCCCGCUGCGACACACAUCCGGAACACGGCACCUGAGGAAGUGUCCAGGAAGCUGUGAGGACGUGGCAAGGCAGCAAGUGGAGCGGGACUUUCCCAGAAACAUUAGCCUCUCUGAGGACAAGGGGAAGGCUGAGGAAUUGGGUUAUAUCAGCAGGGGACAGCCCAGAGGUCAAAGGUGACUUCCUGUAGCUGUCAAACACGAGCUGCUGGACGGGCCGCUUUGCAUUUUACACUCAUGAAGAAGAAGACGACCGCAGCUCAGGGUUUUCGAAACACCAAAUAACACAUGACACUGUUGUGGGCUUUCCUGCUUUUCAUGCCACUCGGGGCAGUGUGGUACCUGAAUGUAGAGAUUACACAGAGAAUAAAUCAACAAGCUACACACAAGAAAGAAGGAGAAUGUAAAUAUUUGCAUAUGACGCAACUUGGACAAAAAGAAAGAUGGAUGGAACAAAAAUGGAAGGCAAUGGACACUGAAAAAAAACCCCCAAGUGAAGCGACAAAGAGAUCGCAGCGGCAACAGCAGCGGCAGCGGCCUCCAGCACUUGUGGCAAAAUGCCUUCCAUGUGUGUCUAAUUGCCUCAGUACAGGUAUUUAACACAAGGUGAGGUCAUUAACACAUGCACACGCUUGUCAGAUGUGAAUCCAGGUGGCCCUUGGCUGAUAGUGCCCAACCAAAAUGAAUGUGACGACCGUUUCCCCCCCACCCUCCUCCAAAAUAUUGAUCACGAAUGGUUGUGAGGUUCAACAUUUGAAUCCCAGCUAUCAAGUAUUGAACCGAUCCAAAAUAGAUACUGGAGGGAGAAGGUCCAAUUGUGUAGUACUGCUGAUUGGACUAAAAUAUGUAAUGAUGGACUUGAUGAGAAAUAAUUAAGUCCCAUGAAAGCAUCAGGCAGAUGAACAUCCCUUUUUACAACACACUGUGGUUUGUGAAAGGCCAUAUCCUGGUCAACGGCGCCAUCUGGUGUUCAAUUGUGAAACCUACAAUAUAGUUUGUGAUGGGAACUGUCAAAAAAAGAAAAAAUGCUGAGAGAUUUUUUCAGUAUCAGUGUCCUACACCGUGUGUGUCCAACAGGACUGCAUUGAAAGACGUGCAGUCCCUGCAGGCAUGACUUCUGCGUGUAUACAGCGUGACAUUGACGUCACGGGUCUUCUGUUGUCAUGUAUCUGUGCUUUGCACACGGUUCAUGGUAAACAUGCCUGCACCACAGGAAUGACAAGACUCAAAUCUGGCCCUGUUUCAGGAUUUGUGUAUCUCCUUGACACACUUUGUCACGUGUCCUUGACUUGUUCACAUCAAAUUCAAUCAAUAUGGACCGUAUGUUAUCUUAAAUUAUAACCAUAGAAUGGAUCCUAUCUUAUCUGACAUUCAAUAUGAUGGGCCUAAAAAUGAGUAACGGGUCCCCCAAAUACAAGUCAUUACUCUGUCAUCAAAUGAACAAGAGGGGGAAAAGAGCUUUUGAUCAACCUGAUUGUCUUGAGAAUUUGAUCCUCUUUAUUCCAUGCGAUUGAUUGAUUGAUAGGAGAUCAUAUCGGAUUAAUGCUCAUGCCUGGGGGUCACAAGCGUCAUGCUCUGUCACUGUCCAAACAAACCCAGGGGGCGAGGGGGACGUCGGUGGCGAGGUGACCAAUGUGGGGGCGCAUGUGCACGCUAACAAUACGCAUCACGUGCGUCAUGGCUCUCGCUCUUCGUUUGCUUUCUUGCGACUGGCUUCACACUGAUAACAGACAGAUGGCUAGAAAAAAAAAACGUGAUGAUGGAGAAACUUUACUUGGGUUGAACCCUCCUCACCCUGAUGAUAAAUACACAUGAGGUGCUGUAGCAAUGCAAGUUUUUUUUGUCGUACAGUAUUAGUAAUUAUGAAAAAUUUCAAAUAUUAGCUUAUAAAUUGGCUGCCUGAAUUUCUUUUAUUUUAUAUUUAUUUUCUUUUAAAAUGUCACAUUUUCAAAUUCCAAUUAAGGGUUUCACGUGCAUGCAUUAAAUGCAGGUAUCACGUUAUUUAAAUAACUGAUGGUUCGAGCAGCAGCGCAUUGGCUCCCUCUAGUGGUAUAUGAAAGGAUCACUACUUGGAUGCAGAUCAGUUGUGUUUAACUUUGUACUAGUUAUUGUUCCCUAAACUACUGUGUGAGUUACUUGCAUACAGUAGUAAUACAGCAUUGCCUAAAACAUUUCUAAUCAAAUAAAUAUUUUAUCUUUGUCCUAAAAACUAUUAAUAUUAAUAAGCAUUAGCUUGGAUUUCUGGAUAAGGGAGCACAUUGUUUGUUAUAUAUUCUUUAUUCUCUCACUUUUGACCAUUUUUACCUUUCCUUUGUGUUUGCGGGGUGUUUUUGCCCCCACCAUCCAUCAUCAUCAAUCAAGGUCCAAUCAUCCUCUGAUGUUAGCUGAAUAGUGUCAUCAAUCGGCACAUUAGUGUCCUUAUCACACACAGUGGCGCACGCUCAGUCCGCCCUUUGCCAAUAUGUCAAGAGGAGCGAUGCGCGUCUGGCUCGUCCUCGCGCUCCAUUUGCGCUGCGUCACAGCCGGCGGCAGGGACCCGGUGGGGACCCGGACGGACUUGGACCGUGACAACAAGUUGACGGAAAAGCUCGGCGCUUUGUUCCAUUUGAAGGAUCUACUCCGCGGCGCCCCACACAGGAAGGCGCCUCAGUUCAUGUUGGAUCUCUUUAACGCCGUCUCCGCGUCGGACGGGACGAGAAAAAGUCAGAAAGACAUACUGGAGGGGAAUGUCGUGAGGAGCUUCGAAGAUAAAGAUCAUGACGGCGAGAGGUUUCACUUUUUCAACCUGUCUUCUUUUGGACGAGAAGAGAGGAUGGUUAAGGCUGAAUUCCGUUGGUUUCGAAAGAAACAGAAACAUUUCCUGGAAAAGUCAUACAGGCCCCAUUUUUAUAAGCUGGAUUUGUAUGAAGUGCUGCAUAGUCAAGUGAAACCUUGGCGAGGAAACCUCAUCACCUCCAGACUCGUUCCUCUUUACACUCAGGGAUGGGAAGUCUUCAAUGUCACGCAAACAGUGUCCAAGUGGCUCUGCAACAGCCAAGAUAACAAUGGCAUCCUGGUGGUGACCACGCUGCCAUCUGGGACUUGGAUGGACUCUGUGGUUACGUCAUCCAAGCUGUGUGGAGAGCCAGUAGGCACUCACGCUUACUUGGUUAUCUUCUCUGAUGAUGGCAGGCCUGGAGCAACCAAUCAAUCAUACUUUGGACUUGCUCAGUCUUCAGCUGUGGAACUCCAUGACCACCCCACUAGGAUGCGACGUGGAGCCUCAGGGCUCUUACCCCGCGGCAAUUCGCGAUCCUGCCAGAGGGUCUCCCUCUUUGUAGACUUUGAGGAGAUAGGCUGGUCGGGCUGGAUCAUCUCGCCACGGGGUUACAACGCUUACCACUGUAAGGGCUCGUGUCCCUUCCCGCUGGGAGGAAGUCUCCGAGCCACCAAUCACGCCACCGUGCGCUCCAUUAUGCACGCACUCAAGUUGUCCGCGGAUGAAGUCGAGGCACCCUGUUGUGUGCCCGACAAACUUCAGUCCAUGAGUUUGUUAUAUUUUGACGACGAAGAGAAUGUGGUUUUGAAACAGUAUGAUGACAUGGUGGCUAUGAGCUGCGGCUGCCACUGAUGCUCCACAACAAAUUGGAUAACAAGUAAUCGUCAGACGGCGGCCUAUCGGCUACGUGCUCGCUAUGACCGUCAGUCUGUGGGUUGGCAGACUCUAAAACUGGACUGCGGAACGUGUGAGCUUCCUUUGAAAUCGCAGGUUGAAGAGGAUGCUCGAGGCGAGUGAUUUGUAGCCGUCCCUCUUGAUGAAAGGUUCAGGUGUCCCUUUGGCCUCCGAGUGUGGUCUGUGGGGAAAGUCCAGCAGAGAAGGUGAAAGGACAGCUGAGAGGAUUUCCGAU